AUGAAAACCAUCUUCCUCGAAUCCCCUUUUUUACCUCCACCUCCAAAACCAAACCCCAUAAACCCCGAAACAUUCCCCAUUAAAUCGUCAAUUCACCCAGACCCUUGGUCCUUAAGCGACAGGAACAACAUAUCAAAACCCAAACCCAAUUCCAAAAACCCAAAAAACCCAUUAUCAGAUGACAACGCCAGGCGCAUAAUCAAAGCCAAAGCUCGAUAUUUGAGCUUGUUGCGUAAACACCAAGGCCCACAAGCUGAAACACCAAAGUGGAUAAAGAGAACACCUGAACAGAUGGUGAAGUACUUGCAGGAUGAUAGAAAUGGGCAUCUGUAUGGGAAGCAUGUUGUGGCAGCUAUAAAGAGAGUGAGGGGAUUGGCUGGCAAUAGAAAUGAAGAGAGGGAUAUGAGGUUGCUUAUGAGUGGAUUUGUGGGUAAGUUGAGUUUUAGAGAAAUGUGUGUUGUUUUGAAAGAGCAGAAAGGGUGGAGGGAGGCCAGAGACUUCUUUUCCUGGAUGAAAUUGCAGUUCAGCUAUCAUCCGAGCGUUAUUGUCUACACGAUUCUUUUGCGAAUAUAUGGGCAAGUUGGAAAGAUCAAGUUAGCUGAACAAACCUUCUUGGAGAUGCUUGAAGCAGGAUGUGAACCAGAUGAAGUUGCGUGCGGGACCAUGUUGUGUUCUUAUGCUAGAUGGGGUCGCCAUAAGGCUAUGCUUUUGUUUUUUUCAGCUAUACAAGAAAGAGGGAUUAUAGUUUCUGUUGCAGUUUAUAAUUUUAUGCUGUCUUCAUUGCAGAAGAAAUCACUUAAUGGAAAGGUUAUAGAAUUGUGGAGGCAGAUGGUUUAUAAAAGGGUGGCACCUAAUAGUUUUACUUAUACAGUAGUUAUCAGUUCUCUUGUCAAGGAAGGCCUUCACGGUGAUGCUUUGAAGACUUUCAAUGAGAUGAGGACCAAGGGGCUGAUGCCCGAGGAAGUAAUAUUUAGCUUGCUUAUUAGUGCAAGUACCAAAAAUAGUAACUGGGCUGAAGCAUUAAAAUUGUACGAGGACAUGAGAUCUUGCAGAAUAGUUCCGAGCAAAUUCACCUGUGCUUCACUUCUGACCGUAUAUUACAAAAUCGAAGACUAUUCUAAAGCCCUUUCCCUCUUUAUUGAAAUGCAGAGCAAGAAGACUGCAGCUGAUGAGGUUAUUUAUGGAUUGCUCAUUAGAAUAUAUGGCAAACUUGGCCUCUAUGAGGAUGCGCAAAAAACAUUUGAAGAGACUGAGCAAUUAGGUCUACUGAGUAAUGAGAAAACGUAUUUAGCAAUGGCACAGGUCCAUCUCAGUUCAGGAAAUUUUGAGAAAGCUUUGAGUGUUAUUGAAGUGAUGAAAUCUAGAAACAUCCGGUUAUCAAGAUUUUCUUAUAUCGUGUUGUUGCAAUGUUAUUGUAUGAAAGAAGAUUUGGACUCUGCUGAAGUUACAUUUCAAGCUCUAUUGAAGAUUGGAUGUCCUGAUGCUGGUUCUUGUAGUGACAUGAUUAAUUUAUAUGUUAGACUUGGCUUGACUGAAAAGGCUAAGGAUUUUAUUGUACACAUAAGGAAAGAUCAAGUAGAUUUUGAUAUGGAUCUUUUCAAGACAGUUAUCAAAGUACUUUGCAAGGAAGGCAUGCUAAGAGAUGCUGAAAAAUUGGUAUAUGAGAUGGGCAUGAAUGAAUCAUUCAACGAUAAUAGGUUUUUUAAGACAUUUUCUAAGGUUAUGCUUGGAGAAACCAAGAAAUUGGAGAACGUAAUGGUUUCUGCUGACGCCAUGGCUCUGGGGCUUAUCCUGAGCGUGUACUUGGAAAAUGGCAAUUUCACUAAGACAGAAGAAUUCCUGAAGUUGAUACUUGAGGCCAGUGGUGGCUUGUCUGUGGUUAGCCAGCUAGUAAAAAACUUUAUUAGAGAAGGUGAUCUAUACAAAGCGGAGAUAGUAAAUGGUCAAGUAAUCAAGCUAGGCUGCAGACUAGAGGAUGAAACAAUUGCUUCUUUGAUUAGUGCAUAUGGGAGACAAAACAAGCUGAAACAGGCCCAAAAGGUCUUUGCAGCAGUUGCUGAUUCUCCAAUAUUGGGAAAACCAAUUAUUAACUCAAUGAUUGAUGUAUAUGCCAAAUGUGGUAAAUUGGAGGCAUACUUACUUUAUGAAGAAGUAACUGAGAGAGGGCACAAUCUAGAUGCUGUUGGUAUUGGCGUAGUUGUGAAUGCUUUGACCAAUUCUGGUAUGAUUGCCAAUUCUCUAGUAGACCAGCAAUUAUCAAUACUUUUUGACAGUAAAAGUUCUAUGCAAGCAUCUUAUGCAUGUAAAUGUGAUGCAAACCUCUUUGAUAUUGGCAAACAUCGAGAAGCAGAAAAUAUCAUUCGCAAGAGUAUUCAUGACAGGGUGGAGCUUGAUACUGUGGCAUUCAAUAUUUUUAUCAAGGCAAUGCUACAAGCAGGUAGAUUACAUUUUGCAGCGAGCAUCUAUGAGCACAUGCUGUCAUUGAGAUUCACUCCAUCGAUUCAGACAUAUAACACUAUGAUUAGUGUAUAUGGGCGUGGUCGAAAGCUGGAUAAGGCUGUGGAGGUCUUCAAUACUGCUUCUAGCUUGGGUGUGACUUUGGAUGAAAAGGCAUACAUGAAUAUGAUUAACUAUUAUGGCAAGGCUGGUAAGAGACAUGAAGCAUCUCUCCUUUUCAUCAAAAUGCAGGAAGAGGGGAUAAAACCUGGGAUGGUUAGCUACAAUAUAAUGAUCAACGUAUAUGCCAUGGCAGGGCUUGAUCAUAAAGUUAAGGAACUAUUCGAAGCUAUGGAGAGAGAUGGUUGUCCACCAGACUCGUUCACAUACCUCUCCCUUGUUAGAGCUUAUUCAGAAAAUUUAAAAUGCUUGGAGGCAGAGGAAAUAAUCAAUGCUAUGCAGAAGAAAGGCAUACCUCUGUCCUGUGCCCAUUUUAAUUAUUUGCUCUCUGCUCUUGCAAAGGCUGGUCUCAUGGUUGAAGCAGAAAGGGUUUAUAUGCAACUAUUAACAACUGGUUUAAAUCCAGACAUUGUCUGUUGUCGGACUAUGCUUAGAGGUUACAUGGACUACGGACAUGUGGAGAAAGGCAUCAAAUAUUUUGAACAGAUCAGGGAGUCAAGCAAACCAGACAGAUUUAUAAUGAGUGCGGCUGUGCAUCUGUACAAAUCAGCUGGAAAGAAACUCGAAGCUGAAGUUCUUUUGGAAUCCAUGAAAAGCGUGAGGAUCCUGUUCCUCAAUGACCUGGAAGUUGGAUUGAAGAUAAAGCCCGAAGUAAGGCAUUCGCGCUACCCUCCAUCUUGUUUGUAUACGUUGACAACAAAAGAUAGCUUUUCACCACCCAUGGCUGUGCUCCUGGGUUUCGGGUGUUCAGCUGCACAAGGAAAAAUUCUCAAGGCGUAG